AUGCGGUGGCUCCUUGUUCCCACCAUCUUCAUCAUCCCUUAUACUCAACAGAGCCCACCAGAGCAGCCUGGAGAUAAACCUACAGACACUGGUGAAGUCCAGCGCAAGGAGGUUUGCCGCUGGCCGUGCCGAUGCCCGCCGGUGCCAGCCUGCACCCCUGGGGUCAGCCUGGUGAAGGAUGGCUGUGGCUGCUGCAAGGUCUGUGCCAAGCAGGCAGGAGAGCCCUGCAAUGAAGCAGAUGUCUGUGAUCCCCACAAAGGGCUCUACUGCGACUACUCGGGAGAUGAGCCUAGGUAUGAAACAGGCGUGUGCGCAUAUCUGGUAGCUGUAGGAUGUGAGCUCAAUGGAGUUUAUUAUGCCAACGGGCAGAGCUUUCAGCCUAACCAGCUUUAUAAGUGCCUGUGUGUCAGUGGUACAAUCGGAUGUACCCCUGUAUUCACACCAAGAUUAGGAAGUCCCUGCGCCAGGGUCCCGGGCAGAAAGAAGCCAGGACAAUCCAUCUGUGGCCUGGGACAGCACAAGCAACUUCAAUCAACCAACUACAGACUGAUGUCAGCUUACAGAAGCUUACCACUAGUUCUGAAGAAAAAGUGCCUCAUACAGGCAACUCCCUGGACACCCUGUUCCAGGACCUGUGGCAUAGGCAUAUCCAGCAGAGUGACCAACGACAACAGAAAAUGUGAAAUGAAAAAAGAAAAGAGAUUAUGCCUCAUCCAGCCUUGUCUGACCAAUAUGCUGAAGAAAAUAAAGAUUCCAAAGGGAAAAACAUGUCAACCAACUUUCCAGCUUCCAACAGCAGAGAAGCUAGUUUUUUCUGGAUGCUCAACUACUCAAAGAUACAAGCUAACUUUUUGUGGAGUAUGCUUGGACAAGAGGUGCUGCAUUCCUAACAAGUCCAAAAUGAUCACUGUACAGUUUGAGUGCCCCAAUGAAGGCUUCUUCAGGUGGAAGAUGAUGUGGAUAACAUCGUGUGUGUGUCAGAGGAUCUGCAGUGCUCCAGGAGAUAUCUUUUCCCAACUCAAACUCCUAUGACAAAUUACACCAU